CUUUAUGCGCGUCGACAGCAGUGACAGCGGGACGCUUCAUCCGUGCACACCGCAUCUUGACCUCCCCUUCAGGACUUAACCAGGAAGCCGGAUAAAGCUACAGCGACCGCAUUGUAGCUUUCAGUAGACACUAUAGUUCUGGUGAAUAUAUUAACCCCCUCCCCCGUCGAUAAAAUAAUCCAAAAAACUUCAACUGCGGAAGAAAAUGAACGAGAGCGAACUGAACCUUUUUGAUUUUGAGCGACGUUUCGAUGAAACUCGAGCUCUGGAAUGGAUGCAAGAAAACUGGAGCAAGUCAUUCAUAUUUUGUGGCCUGUAUGCUGCGCUCGUGUUCGGAGGCAGACACUUCAUGAGGGAAAGGCCGAAGCUGAACCUGCGCCGACCUUUGGCAUUGUGGUCGCUGAGCCUCGCCAUUUUCAGUAUUAUCGGAGCGGUCAGGACUGGAAAAUACAUGAUGCACAUUAUCUCGAAGAGCGGCUUCAAACAGUCUGUGUGUGACAAUAGUUUUUACAAUGCACCCAUCACCAAGUUCUGGUCCUACGCUUUUGCUAUCAGCAAGGCCCCUGAGCUCGGAGACACGGCGUUCAUCAUCCUGCGAAAGCAGCGUCUCAUCUUCCUGCACUGGUACCACCACAUCACCGUGCUGGUUUACUCCUGGUUCUCCUACAAGGACCUGGUGGCGGGUGGCGGCUGGUUCAUGACCAUGAACUACAUGGUUCACUCCAUCAUGUACACAUAUUAUGCGGCCCGGGCAGCUGGACUGCGGGUGCCCCGGCCACUCGCCAUGAUUAUCACUACGGCCCAGAUCCUGCAGAUGGUAAUGGGCCUGACUGUGCUAGGCUUAGUGUACAUGUGGAUGCAUGAAGUGCACUGUCCCUCCAACAUGGAGAACAUCAUGUGGGGCACAGUCAUGUACCUCAGCUAUCUGGUGCUGUUUGCUUCCUUCUUUUACAACAACUACGUAAAGGAUCCAUCCAGAGACAAAGGAUCCAAGGCAGAGUAAUGUCUUAGAAGUAGUUUACUGACUGUUUACUGUUUUUCUCACUUUUAUUAGACUCUGCCUCUUAAAACAACAAUACAUCAGUGACAGUAGACAGCUAGGAGCAGGAGAAACAUAUAGGUCAUUCUGAUAUAAACUCAUAAAUAUUUAGAAGUAAAGCAUGAGGAAUGAUCAAGGAUGAAGAUAAAAAAGUGUUGUGAUAAGGCUCGAUUCAUAACUUUGCCUUGGUGACUCUCCACCAACAUCUGCUAUGAACAUGUAAUGGCCAAAUAUUUGUGAAAUGUGUUCAGCAAAUGUUUGUGGUCAUAUGCUGUAAUAAAAAUGGCCUUAAUGUAACUAAAAAAUAACAACUGUGAGAUAGGGAACAAACGCACUUACUAAUUUUAUGUUCUUUAAUGAAAUGUUCUAUUCUAUUUUUUAUUAUUCAAGCUUGUUAGUUGAGAGCCUUAGUGUAACCUAUGAUUUGAAAAAGCUUUAAUCUACAACUUUAACACAAAUUUAUUUAUUAUUGUUUCUAAUUACUUUAAUCUAUGAAUGAUCAGAAAUACCUUAUCCAUUCCAUCCAGUUCUAUUUUGCCCAUCCACUGUCCAAAUCUUUGCUUGUUUAUAUUUGAAGCACAGUUCAUCAAAUACGUUUUAAUAAGAAGACUCCGAUAAACACAAAUUAUAAGUGUUUUUGUUUACAUUUCCAUAUUCAUGACCAAAGAAUUAAUGGUUUCCCAUUUUAGUGAAGUACACUUCACUACAGUAAAAUAUUUUUAUUUUAGUAAAAAUAUUUUUAUUUUAGUGAAGUAGAUAUUUUACUUCUCUGAAGUGGUAAAUUAGAAUGUAUAUUUUUCAGAGUAUUUUCCUUCUGUUGCACCUGUUAUCAAUAUGAUUAAUAUCUCUGGUAAGAUUUUAGGAAAUGUCUAAAUUGAUAUUCAACACAUAAAAGACAAAGUAGAAAAAUUGUUUCAAAAAGAUGCAGACUUAUUGAGAGGAAAUUGUGUUUAAUAAAAACAGCAGCAUGUUGAUCUUCUAAAACAUCCACAGCCAGAGUUUCUCACUGAUAGCAAAAAUAUCACAAUUAUUUUUGUCAGCAAGGAAAUCCCACUUAUGCAAAACUGCUGCUUAUUCAGAAUGCAUGCAGUAUUUUUCCAUUUAAAGAAGGAAAUAAGUUCAUACUUACAAAUUUGAAUGUAUCAAAAUUAUUCAAGUUAAGAUUUUUUUUUUUGUCAGUUCCAAUUUUGUUGUGAUCAUUUGCAGACGAAUGUCGAACUGAUAAACACUUGCGUGUAAAUACUCGCAGGUAAAUAUUAUCCAAAUGUUUUUGCUUCUUACUGGCCAGACAUAAUUUCCUUAGGUGUUGAAAUGUAACUUGUCUUUUCUGGUUAGAGAAUUUGAGACAUUAGCUACAUUUUAGAAAAUAAACUUUAAUUGAACAUUAAAUAAAUACUUAGAUUCUAAAAUAUGGUGCAAUAUCUGGUCAAAUUCAAAGGGCUCAAUGAUUUUGGCUUUGUCGAUGCUUCUUUUAGCACACUCCCUAGAGUGUUUCCUCCCAAAAAAUCUUUUUGGCCGUUGAGUUUUCACUUUGACAAUUCAGGAUGAAUGUCUGACAAACGGAUAGAAACCGUGCUGAUGCUUUUGAUUUUAGAACACGCCCAUAGCGCAAAUAUGGUGUGAGCUUGUAUGAUGAAGUGCAUAAGUUUUCAUAUGUUUUGCCAAGUACACUAUGAUACAAUACAGGAAGUGCAUUCUUUGAUACCUUCACAUUGGAAAGUGUUUCUAAACAAAAAUGUUUUCAUAUUGAUGACAGGUGCAAAAUCUUUUUUUUUUUUAAAUGUCAAAUGUUGAUAGUUAAUAGUUAAAAUUAUAUUUGUCUUCUUACCUUAAAAUAUCUGUAAAUGAAUGAGGAGUGUUAAAAGAUGAGUUUAGAAAUUUCUGGGAAUGUGUUGUUAGACAAAGCUUUGAAGGAGAACUGUGAAUUUAGCACAUUAACAUGAUGAAAUAAGGUCACAAAUGCUAGAAAAACCAUUGGACUCUUCCUUUCAAACUCUUUAAUUUCUGCGCGAUAGGCACUGAAAGAGAAUGACAGUCUAACAGUAAGCAGUCAUAAACAUGCACAUCACAAAAGCACUGACAGGCUGUAGUAGGGCGACCACGUUUCUCGCUACAGCUGGCACUGCACAGCCUUUUAUGCUUUGUCUCUUAAACCAAAACCUGAAACGGUGUUUCACAUUUUGCCUUAGAAAUUCAACACCAAGGAAUUUCCUAAGUUUAGUCUGUGAGGAAAACAAGGAAUAUUUUAUCAUUAAGCACUUUUUAAAAAAAAUGUAAAACAGACUUAAAUGUGAGUCUUGUUCACAGUAAAUGUUGCUGCCUUGUUGUCCCUGGAGUAAACUCCAAAAAUCAAAGCUCCAGUUUUGCAGGUUUUGCAAGUUCUCGUUCCAUUUUAUAAAAAAAUAUUGAUGUACUUACUUGUACUUUGAAAAUGUUUUUUGGUUUUGCAUUGAAUUAUUUCCGCUCUUAUAAAAAAGCAUCUCUGUGAAACAUACAAAUUGUAAUUGAAAGAAAAAAUAAAGUUAAAGGGCUUCUGGUUGCAAUAAACCCAUCUUUGUUUUAGCAGA